AUGUCGGAUCAAACCUCUUCCUACGCUCAAGUCGCUGCUGGAACCGCGGGCUCAAGCCAGAUCCAAGGUUUAUCAGAGCACCAGUAUGAGAGAACUGAGCAUCGGUUCGUUCUCUCCCGCCAGUCGUCCCUGGGGUCAGCCAGCGGACUCUGCGCGGGUUUGAAGCCGUGCUGGGACUGGAGGGGUUGGUUAUGGUCUAUUUAUGAUGGAGAUUAG